GAGAAUGGAUCACUAAAUGCUGAUUGGUUUUUUCGUGUCGAUAAGUCUGAUCAUGUGACAAUAACUCCAAUUAAUCGGCGCUGCAAUCGCGCGUAUGGCAACGGUCUGAAAACGUAAACAAAUAUGGCUGUAAACGUCAAACACGUAAUAUUCAUAAACUUUACACUUUUUUUGUAGUAUGGAAUUUUUUAAGUUUUUUUUUCACCAGUUUACAUAAAAAAUUUGAUUUUUCAUACUCGGCGAUAAUAAAUUCUAAAUUUACAAAAGACAUUUAUUGAUCAUGGCAGAUGAUCUCCAUCGAGAUCUCUUACCAGUGAGAGAAAAUUCAUAUGUAGAAAGUUUUCGUGGGAGUAUUAUCGAUCCUCGAGAACGGCUUAUUGUUGGUAAGCUAAAUCGAAGAGAUUUAGAGGAUAAGUAUUUACGAUUGUUUGAAGAUUAUCAAGAAAUUAAAAAAUUGUAUAAUUCUCAAGAAGAUAAGAUCAAACGACUUUCUACUAAAUUAAUGAGAGUAUGUACAACUCCAAGAUUAAUGAAUUACGGUACAUAUAAUGGAAAUAACGAAAGGGACAGAAUUUCAAGUUUGAUACUUGAAAAUUCAAAGCUAAAGGAAAAAGUAAAUAUCUUAAGGAAUCAAAUUCUAAGCCAUAGAGUGUUAGCAAGACCAUCUUCUCAUAAUAAAAGGUUACAAGUUUGUCACUCAUCGGCAGUAACAUCAUACCGUAGUGAUGGGCCCAUUAAAGUUGGUACAUGCCAGAAUUUUAUUGCUGAAAAUAAUGAAAUCCAGCAUUACAUUACGAGAGUUAAGGAGUUAGAGAUUCAGAAGAAGAAAAUGAUGAAUCGAAUAACUGAAUUAGAAAAUAAGAUAGAAAUAAAUGAAGCCGGGAAUCAAAAGGAAAAAAUUGCAGAAAAUGUUGAAUACAUACGAGUAUGGCGCCAAAUGAAACUUCAGAAUGAAAAAUGUGUUGAGACUGAAGCCAAAAAUAAAGCUUUGACUGAAGAAAAUGAAACAUUAAGGAAUCUUUUGGAUGAAACUUCAAGGAAUCAUGGAGAAAUUACAGAAAAAUUCCGUGCAGAAAAAGAAUUAACAUCUGAAUUGAAAGAACAAGUUUCACGGACUCAAAGUAUUGAAGCAGAUUUACGUGAAAAAGAUGAAAAAAUUCGUAUUCUCUCGAAUGAACUGAAGAUUCUUCAAGACCAUAAAAAUCAGAUGGUUGAAUUAAGUAAGAGAGAUAGUUCAACGGAAUUAGAAAAUGGGCAACUAAAACAAAAAUUAUCAGAUAUAAUGGCUGAUAACAUUAGUUUAAAAACUGCUUUUAAUACUGAGCAAGCUAAUAUAGCUUCAUUACAGUCUGUUAAUGCUCAGUUGAGAGAAAAAUUACAAGACUUACAAACAAGUGUAGAUAUCUUAACAGUUAAAUUAAAUGCAUUUGAAAAACAAACUGUACGUGAUUACAUUCCUAAAUCUCCUGCAAGACCAAAGCCAGCUGAAAGAACUAGUCAUCCAGUACUAAUAUGUGAAUGUACUACAGACGAAAGUGAAGUACAUCUUAUUCACAGUUCACCCAAAGUACAAAAAGAUAAUGGAAAGAAAAAAACUAAACCUCAAUCUCCUGUUAAAAAAGCUCAUAAUUAUUCUGAAUCGAGUAUGCAAACAGAAUUUAGAUUGAUCGAUUGGAAAAAUGGUAAUCAAAAAGAAGAUAAAGCUUGCUCUACAGAAGAAUGUGUUGAUAGUCCAUUGAGAAGUUCAAACAGAAUUUAUGAAAAUACUUUAACUCCAGAAAAAAUGUUAAAACUACUAGAUGAUGCACAAAUAAAUUCGCCAUUAUCUAGUCAAAAUGUAUCAAAAAUAGGACUCGAAGACAUAGGUUCUACAAGUUAUGGCAAUCCAAUUCGCAGACAGAGGCAAGUACUUGCGCUCGAAACACUAUUAUUCAGCGAUACAGAUUGCUUUUGAUUAAUGGUUAUUUUGUAAAAAAUAUUAGGACAAUUUAUUAAUUGCGCGUAAAUGUGUUCAUAUAAUGACUUGAUAGGAAUAUGGAUCACUUUGAAGCGCUUCCAUUUAAAAAAAUUCAACUAUUUUCAAUAAAUAGAUAGACCAAAGUAUUUACGAAGGAGAAAGCCUUCGAUCUAUUUUAAUAAACUCGUUUCUGCCAAGUUUAAUUAAUUAUAGACUAAAGAUUAUUGAUAAAAGUGGUACAAAGUAUAACGCAAAUAGUUAUUUUUAUUGAUAACAAUAUUAAUUCUAAAGUCAUGUAAUAAGCAAUCAAGUUUCAUAAGAGUUUAUAUAGUUUAGAAUGUUAAAAAAUAAUUUAAUUAGAAUGAUAAGUCUAUAUCAAAGUGCCACGUCGAAAUCGUUUUUAUAUAAUUAUACAAUAAUAAUUAAUUGUA